AUGGCUCAGCCGUGGGACUACAUUGCAAAGAUUGUGUCGCUGGGCGACUCGGGCUGCGGCAAGUCCAGUCUCACAGUCCGCCUCUGUGAAGGCCGCUUCUCACCCCACCACGAUGUCACGAUCGGUGUCGAGUUUGGAUCGCGCAUCGUGCCCGUAGGACCACCCGCCUCGCAUUCACUGAGCAUCAACAACCCCUCGAAAACAGAGCCUCCACCCUCGCCGUCGAAAAAGGACCCGGCGCAGAAGCACAUGAAGCUUUCGCUCUGGGACACAGCCGGCCAGGAGACCUACAAGAGUAUAACGAGGAGCUACUUCCGAGGCGCAUCCGGUGCUCUCCUCGUCUUCGAUAUCUCGCGCAAAAACACCUUCCUCAGUGCGACGAGCUGGCUGCACGACCUGCGACAGAUCGCCGAAGAGGGAAUCGUCGUGGUCCUAGUGGGAAACAAGAGUGAUUUGGCAGCCUCGUCGACGGUGUCAGAGUCAGAGGCGGACAACAAGAGACAAGUCACGCGAGAGGAGGCCGAGGAGUGGGCCAAGGCAAACGGCGUCAUGCAGUACGUGGAGACGUCAGCUAAGAGCGGAGAGGGCGUGGAGAGAGCUUUCUUGGAAGUCGCAGAGAGGAUCUACCAGAACAUCGAGGCCGGGCGAUACGACCUCAACGACCGGAGAAGUGGCGUGAAAGGUCCGGGGGCGGGAGGCGGCAACCGUGCUGGCAUCAGCCUGGGUAUGAACGACGCCGCGAAGAAAGGCAAACAACAAGGCUGGGGAGGCUGCUGCUAA